AAAGGAUUUGUGGAGAGAUUUGAAUUGAAUUGACAUAAGGUUUGCAUUGAAUGCAUGAACUGUUCAUUCAUUUGUGGGACAAUCACUUGAUUUGCAUUCAAUUCACUCCACAAUUGUACUGCAAUUCAGUGAAUGAUUUCAUAAUUAGUGAAUCACUGAAACAUGACUUCAAAUACAUUGGUCUGCAAUGCAAUAACACUUAAGGGAUCCGUUGAUAUCAUCACCGAAUUCUUCGAUUAUGGGAUUAACAGUAUUUUAUACCAAAGAGGAUUAUAUCCAUCGGAUCGGUUCAUUCAUUCCCAGAAGUAUGGUUUGACUCUAUUGAUGUCCAUCGAUGACCAACUCAAAGAGUAUCUGUCAGUCAUGUUGAACCAAAUGAAGACAUUUAUGCUGACAAAGAGUGUCCACAAAAUGGUGUUAGUGAUCAUCAAUGUGGAGACACACGAGACUGUGGAGCGCUGGGAGUUCCUCAUCGACUGCGACAAAACUAUCACUGAAUCCGACUCUAAGAGUGUGGACCACAAAGAGAUACAGAAAGGCAUUCGCGAUGUCAUCCGUCAGAUCACAGCGAGCGUCACGUUUUUGCCGCUAUUGGAGGGGAAGUUCUCCUUUGAUUUGCUUCUGUUCACCGAUAAGGACACAGACCUGCCGUCAGCCCUUUGGUCCGACUCUAACCCACACCUCAUCCCAAACGCCGAAGAGGUAGAGCUGAGAAGUUUCUCGACGGCUGUCCACAAAGUCAAUGCUUUGGUCUCCUAUAAAAAUUGUGAAUAA